AUGAGAGAUAGGCUUUUGGUAUUAUUGUUGUUAGGCGUUGGCGCUAUUAAAGUGUACGAAGAGUAUGAUGAAGAAGAAAAAGAGGAGCGAGACCCUCUAGAAUUUAUGAAGCACAAACACAGCAAAAGAGACUUGGAGUCUUUUGAAAAAAAUAUCCCGAAUCCAAUGCCGAUUGAAGAGAAAACCAUAGAAGUUAUAUCAAAUGGACUGUCACCGAAGCUUAGAGCUAGAUGCAAAGACAUUGAGGAUGAAUGCUCUUGCAAUUCUUUGCUGAUUUUGUUCUCAUGUAAUCCUCAUUAUUUAUUUCAGAAACAAGCGGAUAUGAUAUCUCUCUCACAAAAGGUAGCUCUAAUAACAGGAGCAAGUUCAGGAAUUGGAAGGGCAACUGCAGUUUUGUUUGCAGAACUGGGAGCAUGCAUUGCUUUGGUUGCUCGAGAUAAAACAAGAUUAGAGGAGACUCGGCAAGCAUGCAUUAAAGCAGCUCAAAAAGAAGUCUAUGCAAAGUACAAAGAGCCUUUUUUGUGCGUUGAAGCUGAUUUAAGCGAUUCAAAGGAAAUUGAAAAAGCUUACCGUUUGGUUAUUAACCACUUUCAUCAACUUGAUAUACUGGUUAAUAAUGCUGGAUGUAUGAUACGAGAUACAGCAGAAACAUUCAAUGUGGAUGAAUUUGAUCGUUUAAUGAAAGUCAAUUUAACUGCUGCAAUUUCUUUAACUCAUCUUGCUAUUCCUGACCUUACUGUCACUAAAGGUGCCAUUGUAAAUGUAUCCAGUGUUUGUGGCAAUCGGUCGUUUCCUGGAGUAAUGUCUUACUGUAUUAGCAAAGCAGCAUUGGAUCAAUUUACCAGGUGCACUGCGCUAGAUUUAGCUCCUAAAGGAAUUCGAGUAAAUGGUGUCAGCCCAGCAGUUAUCGUUACUGAACUGCAUCGACGAUCUGGAAUGUCAGAAAAGGACUAUAGUGAUUUUGUAGCAAAGGCGAAAGAUACACACGCUCUAGGCCGAACUGGCACCGUGGAAGAAGUGGCUCAAGCUAUCGCUUUUCUUUCAAGCUCUGCUUCAACCUUUACUACUGGCAGUUCAUUAAUGGUUGAUGGUGGUCGGUCUAUCAUGUGUCCAAGAUAAUUAAAAAUAUUUUUCAAACAUAAUUUAUAUGCUUUUUUAUACAUUAGAUCAGUAAUAUUGACAUUUUACUUGCUGUAAUUGAAUUCCAUUUAUCAAAUAAAACUCGGUUAGAGGAGAUUCACUGUGUCGAACCACAGAUACUCACUUUCUAUUUAUGUGGUAUAAUAUGGUGGUUAAUAUUGAGGCUAGGCAAAAAGAACAAGUCAGUCAGUGAGGUCGUGUGGCUACAUCGAUUGAAAUGACUGGGACACGUGCCAUACCUUUUGACUCACCGCCUUCCUCAAUGAGCAAUUUUCGCCGACACAUAACUAGGUUGAAAAGGAGUUGAGAGACUGGUGAAAUCAAAACCUGGCACCAAUCAAUGAGGCCUUCGAUAGUUAGUUAGAGCAACAUAGGAAAGUGUAGAGUGCCUGGUUGGCGACUUCGGUAAUGGUAAGAAAUAGUGUCUGGGGACUAUCGGUGUUAUGACUCAAAAUUGUUCUCAAUGGCACAGAUGCAUUCAUGUUUUAUAGUGUCCCAGGUCCACUAAAUCCUCACUAUUCUGCAUUUAAUUGUCUCUUUUUUCCCUGUGGGGAGUGGAGUGUGACUGAUUGAAUUGCUGCACUUCUUUGCGCAGUUCAAGGUCGAAAAUAAGUCAAUCACUAUGUGGAAUAUAAUCUGCUCCUUAGGGAAAGUAGACCUAUGAUACUAUUUGUAUUGAUGAAGUAAGUGUCGGGCAGCAGUCAAUAGUCUUUAGCAGCACAAGCGACUGAAGCAAGAGCGAAAUGUGUCUGUGAAUUAAUUUAUAUUACUAUGAAAAUUUGAAUCGUUUGAAAGUAAAUAGUCAAUCACAGCAGGAAGUUUUGCCAGUUAUGCAAAAACUGAAGUCAACUGUAAUACAUACAAAUGUUUUAGAAUAGUCAUUAGAUGUGUCCAAACGUGUCUGUGAAUCAUCCUGAUAUUUCUUCAAAGCGAAAUGGUUUUACUACUACUAGUCUUUAGCUGAUUUUGUCUGUUAGUCUGUUCAAGGUCCGGUGUUAACUUCUAGCCCAUGUCUACACUGACUGAACAACGGUUCAACGAUCAUCGUAAAAUGAAUUCUCAGUACUACUUCUACUACAGAUAAUAGAGUUGGACUGUUAAGCACUCAAGCUCAGAAUUAACUUUGAAAUACAGAAUCAGACAAGUGGCUUUCACUGUUCAAGGUGGAUGGUAUGUGAAAUUUGGUUAAUUUGAAGUACUGGUUCAGAAGGUCUAGCAUCUACAUUCUUUCUGUUAAAUCUAUUCAGCAACACAUUUAGCUGACCACUGUGCUCCUAGAUAUCUUUACCGUCAUUUUGAAAGGCUUUCACACAUUGAACAUUUGUCACCUCAUUCAUGGCAGAUUAAAAUAGCCCAGAAGGAACACUUAAACGAGAGCUCAGUGUGUUACAUUAAAUAAUCGAAAGAAGAUUGAGUACGUCACUAGCCAGAGCCUAUUCUGCAGCUAAGUUGGCUCCCAUCUAUCGGACAACGUGCUGUUUGUUCCAGUCAAAAGUCGACAGAUAACCUUUUCAUUCUAACUUUAAAUGUGUACACAAAUUUACGUGUAUCUGCGGGA